AUGUCAGGCCCUCUCCAGUUUUUAAACCACUCAAAUCCAGGAAGCCUUGCUACUGGCCGAAGCAAAGGGCUCCACGAGGCUAAGCCAUCAAAAGCCAAGCAUCUAUCAACUCACACAUCUCAGAAAAAUAGCCCAGUGGCUUGUUUUGAUCCACCUGUUAAAACGGUUCCCACCAAGAACCCAAUGAUGUACAAGAAAAGAGCAGCUGACCCAGUCUGUCCUGACCUUACUGCUUUGUUGGUGAAAAACAAGACUCUUUUAGCUGAGCUAAGAAACCUUCAAAACAAGCUCUUCAUAAAAGAAACUUCAUUGCAAGAGAUGAAGAGUGAGCUAGAAAGUUACAAAUGAAAUAACGUGCAUCAGUCUUCCCAGAUAAUGUCCCUGAAAGAGGAUAUCAAGGACCUAGAGGAACUUAUCGCUUCUCUAACCAGAAUUAAAUCUUUGAAAAACACCAAUAUUCAGAAUCUUGAAAGAGGCAACUGGGAUCUAACUGAAAAAAUUAUAGAACUGGAAAACAUUCUAAGAGUCCAUCUGUUUGAAAGAGAAAAGGCAGAGCGGAAAGCAGGCCUUUUGGAGGAAAAGUUAGCAGGUGUUAAUGGAUUCACCCAUCAUAUGAAUAUGAAAGGACAAGAAGAUUCCUUGGAUAGUUUCAUGAUGAAGAGGACAGCAGGUCUGCAGCAGGAAAUCCAGAUGCUCACCAAACGGCUGGAGCAGCUAUGUGGCCACUCUGAAGAAGCCAUUGGAGAAUUCUCCCAAAUGGAAGAAAGGCAGAGGGAACAAAAAAGACCCUUGAAACGUAUGGAAGGAAACACUGCUAUUAAUGACUUUUUUCAAGAGAGAUUAGAAUUGAACAGGAAAAAAGAAAACUCUGGGAUUAAGAAUUCAUGGAUAGCAGAACAUGGCAAGAUAUCCAAACAGGUAGAGAAAGACAAUGAGCAACAAACACUAUUGAAUAUUCAGCAGAAUUUGCAGAAUGCUACAACUCAAAGAUUAGAGGAGAAAAUUCAGAAACUUCAGAAACAGCUGAGUGAUUUGAAAUUGUCAAAUAAAAGUAUGAAAACUCAACUGACAAGAGUAAACGUCCUUAAGGACAAAACAAUUGAAAAGCUCAGGCAAUCUUUAACAAAAGCUGAACUAACGCAAGGGAAGACAGUUAUGAAAACAGACAACUUGAAAACUACAUCAGACUCUGCCAAGACAGAGGAAAGAGGAGACAAAGAGAAAGUCCAUCAGAUGUUAGACGCCGUCAGUCCUGAGCGCUACAUAGCAAAGAGCACGCUUGAUAAAGUAUCAGGACAACAAGAGCUGACUGAUUUUCGAGAAACUAUUAUGAAGAUGUUGGGAUUUAACAUGAGAACAGCAGACAAGGAAAUCAUCAAUCACCUAAGGCUUAUUAUACAAGAUUAUAAAGCAUCUGACAAAUCAAAGGUUGCUUCUCACUCUGAGACUGGACAGGAUAAUGAAUAAAAAAGUUCUGUCUUUUUCAUUACUCCCGACAAGAACUCAGUAGAUACGGGCAUCUCCUGUAGCAUCUUGAAUGCAGCUAUGUUAUGAAUAAAAUGCACUGGGAAUUUCUCACCUUUGA